AUGGAGGGAUUUCACUCCGAUCAGUACUGGUUUUGGAUGAAGAGAAGGCAAAUUCAAGCGCAAACCGAAUCGUGGGAAGAAAAAGCGUUUGCAGAAGAUGCAGCAAGGAGUAUACUGAAUGGAAGCAUAUGGCCACCAAGAUUCUAUUCAUGUAACUUUUGUAAAAGAGAGUUUAGGUCUGCACAAGCCCUUGGUGGUCACAUGAACAUUCAUAGGAGAGAUAGAGCUAGACUCAAGCAAAAUCUUAGCCCUCAAAAGAACAAUGAUUUCAUCAACUCAUCAUCACUAGGUAAUCAUUGUUUUCCUGCAAAAAGAAGAUCUAUUUCGCCUUCUAGAAUGAUCUCAACCUCAACUAUAUCAUCAUCACCUUAUUCUUCUUCAAUUAUUUGGGGACAGAAGAAGAUAGAGUGUAAUAAAGCAAGAGAAGACAGUUUUAAGGAUUGUGUUGAAACAAGUUUGUCUUUGGGAAUGUUUGGACAAAAACCAUCAACUGUUCUUCCAUGUAAGGAAAAAGGUAUCAUCUGUAAAAGAUUGAAGAUUGAUAACACUUCUUAUUUACCUUCUCUUUUCAUCAAACCAUGCUCAAAUGAUCAUCAAAGGCUCUUGACUUUUCAACAACCUUCAGAAAUUGUGCUUGGAGUUAACCAUGGAAUGGAAGAUUUAGAUCUUGAACUUAGGCUAGGGAAACAACAAAAAGUUAUUAACUAG